AGUGUAAAAAAUGUCUUGUUGCUCUUUGGUGCCACCUAGUGGUGAAAAUACCGUACUAUCACGUGUUGUUGCUUUGAGUAUGUAGUGACCGCUACCCGAUUUACUAUCAAGUAAAAAAAGCUGUAUUGAAAAUUUUAAACGCACUUUAACAUGACCGUCUUAAAGUAAACAAGGCAAUGAGAUGUUGACUUGGAGAUAGUUAACCGCUGUUGCCUUUAUCCCCAUUGUCGGGUUGCUGGAGUGGAGCAGGGCUGCUUAGCAGCCAGCCAAGAUGGAUACCGCAGAAGAAGCAGACAUUUGUCGGGUAUGUCGCUCAGAGGGCACCCAGGAAAAGCCUCUCUACCAUCCUUGUGUCUGUACUGGCAGCAUCAAGUUUAUCCAUCAGGAAUGCUUACUGCAGUGGCUAAAACACAGUAGGAAAGAAUACUGUGAAUUAUGCAAACACAGGUUUGCAUUUACACCAAUUUACUCUCCAGACAUGCCAUCUCGUCUGCCUGUCCAAGACAUCUUUGCAGGGCUGGCCACCAGUAUUGGAACAGCCAUCAGAUACUGGUUCCACUACACUCUGGUGGCCUUUGCCUGGCUAGGUGUUGUGCCUCUCACAGCAUGUCGCAUCUACAAGUGUUUGUUUACCGGCUCUGUGAGCUCUCUUCUUACCCUGCCAUUAGAUAUGCUUUCCACGCAAAACCUGCUUGCUGACUGCCUCCAGGGCUGUUUUGUGGUCACUUGCACACUGUGUGCCUUUAUCAGUCUGGUGUGGCUCAGAGAGCAGAUUGUCCAUGGUGGAGCACCACAGUGGUUAGAGCACAAUCAAGCCCCUCUGGUUCCAAACCAGCCUGACGGUCCUGCACAAGCUAAUGAGGGUCCAGUUGCUAAUGCUGCAGUCAAUGACCCGGCUGCUGCAGCUGGCGCAGGGGCACGGCGCCCUGCAGAGCACGGUCCCAACGGGCCGGCCCGGGCCCGCCAGCAGGAAGCUGGACACAUUGGGGACGAAGCAGAACUGGGCGAUGAUGAAGGAGAGGAUGAUGAUGAUGACGUGGAAGAGGAUGAAGAAGAAGAGGAAGAAGAAGGCAGGGAGGAGGAUGCUGCUGAUGCCAAUAAUGGAGGGCAAGAAGAUUUGAACUGGAAUGCUCUAGAGUGGGACCGAGCAGCAGAGGAGCUGACCUGGGAAAGAAUGCUUGGGCUAGAUGGUUCCCUUGUUUUCCUGGAGCAUGUCUUCUGGGUGGUGUCUCUCAACACACUUUUCAUCCUGGUGUUUGCCUUUUGUCCAUAUCACAUUGGACAUUUCUCUGUUGUUGGCCUUGGCUUUGAAGGCUAUAUCAAAGCGUCACAUUUCGAUGGCUUCAUCACCACAAUACUGGGAUAUAUCCUCCUGGCUGCUGCUCUCGUAGUCUGCCAUGCAUUGGCUUCACUGGUAAAGUUCCAGCGGUCCAGACGCCUUCUGGGUGUUUGCUACAUUGUUGUCAAGGUUUCCCUGCUGGUUGUCAUGGAGAUCGGCUUGUUCCCACUCAUUUGUGGCUGGUGGCUCGACGUGUGUUCACUGGAAAUGUUUGAUGCGACUUUGAAGGACAGAGAGCAGAGUUUUGACUCUGCUCCAGGUACCACAAUGUUCCUCCACUGGUUUGUUGGCAUGGUUUACGUCUUUUACUUUGCUUCCUUCAUCCUUCUGCUCAGAGAGGUUCUUCGUCCAGGUGUUCUGUGGUUUUUGAGGAACCUGAACGAUCCAGACUUCAACGCAGUGCAAGAGAUGAUUCACCUGCCAAUCUACCGACACCUUCGGAGGUUCAUACUCUCAGUGGUGGUGUUCGGCUCAAUCGUUCUGCUGAUGCUUUGGCUUCCAAUCAGGAUCAUUAAACUGCUCUUUCCAGCCUUCCUUCCCUACAACGUCAUGCUUUACAGUGACGCUCCAGUCAGUGAGCUGUCGCUGGAGCUCCUGCUACUUCAGGUUGUUCUGCCAGCAUUGUUGGAGCAGGGUCACACUCGCCAGUGGCUCAAACGUCUGGUCCAUGCCUGGACUUUCACAGCUGGAUAUGUGCUUGACCUUCACUCGUACCUUUUGGGGGACCAUGAAGAAGAUGAAAACCAACCAAAUAACCCCCCUAAUCGACUAAACAACAACCGCAUCCCUGGACUCGGGGAGGGGCUUCACGCUGCCCACCAAGCCAUUCUGCAGCAGGGCGGUCCUGUGGGUUUCCAACCCUACCAACGACCCCCCAACUUUCUCCUCAAGAUCAUUCUGCUGGUGGUCUUCAUGUGUAUGACUCUGUUACUUGCGAGUCUGUUCUGUCUUACGCUUCCAGUGUGUGUGGGUCGUUGGCUGAUGUCUCUGUUGAUGGGCAGCGCCGUGGUCCAUGAGCUAUAUACAGCAGCCAGCGGUCUGUACGUCUGCUGGGUGUCCAUCCGAGCCGCCACGGUGCUGCUGUCCUGGAUGCCACAGGGAAGGACAGUCAUCAUGAUCAGAGUUCACGAGUGGACGCUUAUGAUCGUUAAGACCGUUGUGGUAGCCGCGAUGUUAGCCGGGGUGAUUCCUCUGCUGUUGGGUCUGCUGUUUGACCUGAUCAUCGUUGCUCCUCUCAGAGUCCCGCUGGACCAGACGCCUCUCUUCUACCCUUGGCAGGACUGGGCCCUGGGUGUCCUUCAUGCAAAAAUCAUUGCUGCCAUUACACUGAUGGGCCCCCAGUGGUGGCUCAAAACAGUCAUUGAGCAGGUGUAUGCAAACGGCAUCAGAAACAUCGACCUUCAUUUCAUCGUGAGGAGGCUGGCUGCCCCUGUCAUCUGUCUCCUGCUGCUGUCGCUCUGUGUGCCCUACUCCAUCUCUAAAGGCCUCACACCACUGCUGGGAGUGCAGCCAGAGAUGCAGACACUGGUGGAGAGGAGAAUCUAUCCGUUCCUGCUGAUGGUGGUCAUACUGUUGGCCAUUCUGACCUUUCAGAUUCGGCAGUUCAAACGACUUUAUGAACACAUCAAAAACGACAAAUACCUGGUUGGACAACGAUUGGUAAACUAUGAGCGGAAGUCAGGCAGGAGCUCCUCCACCCCUCACACCACCUCUUCAUAAACCUGAUACUGCUGUAGGAUGACUGGAGCUGACUCACCCUACCUCACACCAGGGGCCAUCAGCACCUCCUCUUUCGGCUGCUUCACUUCUCAUCUUCAAACACUACAUAUAAAACCUCUGACUGCAGCCUCAUCCCUUUCUUCUCAAGCAUCUCCCGCAGCACCAGUCUGGGAAGCGGAGGUGUUGACAAGUGAAGACAAGAACUCUGCCGCCGAAGUUUUCAUGUGAGGUUGAUUUUUUGAACAAGGUCUUUAAGCUUGUUGAGCUUUCUGCUGAAAUCAAACUCUGCAGAUUUAUGCUCUCUGGUCCUUCUGAUGAAGUCCCCUGCUCAGGUGAUGUUUUCAUUUUUGUUUUAUUUUUCAGAAGUUUGCUUCGAAUUCAGGUCAGAUGAGCAUAGCUUUUACCUCAGAUUGAGCUUCCCUUUGAACAUAUCAUAGAAUAAAUGUGUCGUUCUUUACAUAUGUUUAGAGCUGUGAUGGAGAUCUUUGAACUUCUGAUGGUAUACUUCCACAGUCCGGCUCCCAGACUCACAGGGUUUCCACGGUAAGGAGGACAAACUGAUUGAUCGCUACAAAGUCAAUCUUCUUUGGAUAAGAAACAAAAAAUUGUAACAAAAAUGGUGUGGUGGAAAAUGUGAAGAACAUGUUUUUUUUUUUUUUCGAUGUCACUCUGAGUUUUAGCAGUAGGCGGCUUUAUAGCUUGUUUUUAGAAAUUUUAAAACGGAAUCAUUUUAGCUGUGGGCAAAAGGAGAGGACAAAGGCUGAUGUCUUUCUUACUACAUCUAGGUUCAGCAACACUUCUGCGGCACAACUUGUUAGGCUGCAUGAAGCCACCACAGACGAAUCAGGACAUCCUUUUGUUUUGUGUGGUGGUAGAACAACAAGAACUCUAACCCCUGUGUUCAGUAAGAAGUCAUAGAACCCUUCCUAAAUAAACAUAAUUUUGUAUUGGAUUCAGCUACGCUUCUAACCUUUACUCUCUGGAGUCUACUGCCUGGUAACACUCAAACAGUUUAAAGUAACUGUCUAAAAGACAAUGCUAAGAGGAGACAAACCAACAGCUAAAUAAAGGUAACACUCUUCAAAAUAUUAAUUUUUAGAGGUAGAAAAAAAUUUAUGUUCCACUUUGCUAAAACCUUAGUUGCUACGUUCAUAAGUUCUUAAUGUUUGUUUUGUUAAUGGCAUAAGAAAGACACUGUUAGCUUUAGUAAAGUGAACAGAUGGGUAAAAUAUAGCUUUUAUCCUACGCUGGAGUGCUAACUUUAGAUUUUUUAGACUUUUAGAUUUAUGCACCUACAGAACUUACAGAAAUAUUUACACCCGCUUUAACAUUUCCACAUUUUGUCCCAGCAAAAGUAGACAUGUGUUUGUGGCUCUUAUGUGACAAAAUUUGAAAAUGUUCAGUACAACUGAGCCACUCUGCGCAUCUUUCACUAAACAGUGACAGGAUGAAGGACAUUAAACUUGCAAAUACAUGGAAGACUGGAGCUCACUGAUCAGUUUCCAGCUUUACUGUGCAGACUUCAUGGAUCCAUAAAGUUCGUACAAUAAAGCUAGAAACUGAUCAUUUAGCUCCAGCCUUGUUCUGCAUGUCAAAACAUUCAGUGGGUGUGUAUAUUUUUGCACGGCACCUGUUGCUAUUUUCUAGCCCAUUCUCUCCUGAAGUUCCAGUUAAAUGUGGGGUUUGGUGAUUGCGUUAUAUACGCUGUAUAAGGUCUGAAUGGGUUUAGGGAAUGUUGAGAGAGGUACAUGCUUACAAGCAGAAAUCAGUCAGACAAUUCUCUUGUUCAGUUCCUUGGCUUUGCAUUUUCAGAAUUAAAAUCUAGCUGACAUAACUUGAGCCAGACACGUUUUCAUCACUGCAUUUGACAGCAAAUCAGAAACGGCUGCUCCCCAGUUAGCAGUCUAAUAGUCAGACAGUUAAGCUUCAUGCAAAGGGCAGCUAAUAUAUAUUCCUGUGUGCAUGGUCAUUUCAUGAAAUGAUCCAUGUAUAUCUAAACCAGCUUCAAGACUGCAAACUCAGAAUCAGCCAGAAGGACAACACAUGAUCCUGAAAUAAUCACUGAUACCUGCAGGGCAAUUUUGUGUUAGUUUGUUUAUUUUAAAACAAACCAACAUUUGUUAUAUUUUAAGAAGUCUGACAUGUAGCUUUAAUUUCAAAUAAAACAUCUCAGUUUGCAUUUUUACCUGAAGUCACCUAAACUACAUGUGUGUCGAUUUAUUUUGGGAAAAUCAAGUUUAGGAAGUGCACUCGUGUAACAUUGGGGAGAUUUACUAAAUAUCCUUGCCAUGUUCUACUUUCUUCACCACCUAUUGUUCAUAAAAACACUGUGCAUGUGAAUAUGAAUAUGAAAACUAAUAGGCCGUUGACCGCUAAGCCCUCUCAUUUGUGUAACCAAGUUCUCUGCAUUGUUCUGCUACAGUUCAGAGAGGCUCUUAGACUGAAUUAUUGUCCCAUUCUAGAGAAAAAUCAGACAGUUGAGAUGCUUCAGAAAUGUAUGGGUGUUCAGUUAUUUUUCAGUGGCAAAAAAGACCCAGCCCUUCUAUGAAUACUUAUUACUGCCAGUGAAAAGACUCACAUUUCUGCUGUUUUCUUCAAUCCUAGAGUUUAAUUUAUUUGUUUUGGAUCAGUAAUGAUUGUGAAGAGUAAAAGGUGUGUAUUCAUUCACAUGUUUUACUGUGUUGCACUUUAUGUCCCAGUAGCAAUCAUUUCAGUCUGUUGUAAACAAAUCAACAUAACUGGAGUUGUGUGUUUUAUCAGACUGAUGCUGAGAGGCACCUGGAUCUGACGGUGGUGACUCCCUGAUUUAACCUAUAGAACUUUUGAAUCUGUUUCUUGUAAUGAAUUUUACGUUUUAGUUGGUAUUAACUGCUUUGAUUGUCAAAUAUCCUUUUAUUUCUAGUCCCUGUAGCUCUCCUGUUGUGUGGAAUGCUCAUAAAUUAGAAAGAUGCUAUAAAGUGACCUUUUUAGGGGCUUCGAACUGAGCUGGACGCAUUGAAUUUAAUGUUGAAUUUCAAUUUCUAGAAGCAAAUAAUUUCUAUUUUUUAUAUGUGCAAACCGACAGUGGCAUGUAGUGUAAAAAAACUUAAAAGUUCUAUUGAUUGUUUAUUCUGUCGUAUAAACAAUAAACACAUGUUGGGACUCUG